AGCUGAUGAUGACACAAAUCACUUUUCCAGCUUGGAGAAGUGAUUUAUUACAAGCAUUUAAAAUAAUGAUAGUUUUUUAUGUUUAUAAUGCUGAUCUGAUAAAGGCUGGUUUGUAUUUCUGGUGAAGUAGCUUGUGGAUAGAUUUACAGUAUAAUCCUGUCUAACCAGAAGUUACACUAAGUUUAGUGUGACUUAUUUCCAAAGAGUUAUACGAUUGCAGUUUAAAAGUAACAUGAAAUACACUUAUAGCUACUUCACACAUGAUGUUUUUCCUGCAUUGGCUUGCUAAUUUAGCUGUGCCAAAAUAUUCACUGUUAUUGCAUACAGUGGUGUAUGUUUCUUGUACACCAAGCUACUCGGUUUAGGAGAAACAUCACAUAUCAGCUGGCACUCGAAGAUUGAUCUUGCCUGUUCCUUUCCCCUUUCUCCUCUCUGUGUGCUUGCUUGCUGCCUCUUCAGUGUUAGGUUUGUCUUGCGAGAUCUGGGGGAGAGCUUGCAUGUGACAUGUUUUUGUAAUUAAUGCAUGAAUUUUGCAGCCAUGCUAUUGCAUGAAGAUAUUCCUUGGAACAUUAGUGCAAUGAAACACAGAAUGAUGAUGUCAACUAAGUAAGCUGUUAGCAUUUUAUAAAUCAGUAAUGUACAUUGUUCAUAUCACAAUGCUUUGGAGGAGUUUGACAAUGUCUUGUUAUGUUUUGCCUUUUCUUCUUACUGGUUUCGGAGACAUCUAAAAUUGGGAUGCCCAUGGGGUAGAGAUUGUACUUAAGUAUUUAUAUAUAAUUCAUUUCUCUAUGUUCUUCGUAAGUAAUAUUAGUAAAUGAUAACUCAGUUAUUCCCUACUCUCCACAGUUGGCUUUUAUCACUUCUGCUUUCUCUUAUUUUGUUGUCAAUUGCCACCAAGUCAACUUUGAAUAAGAGUCCUCUGUGAAUAAGAGACCUCCAGGUCCCCUUAUCAUCCACAGCCCUGCUCAGGUCUUGCAGACUCAGGGCCAUGUCUUCAUUGAUUGAAUCUAUCUAUCUGUAAUGCAGUCUUCCUCUUUUUCUGCUGCCUUCUACCUCACCAAGCCUUGUUAUCUUUUCAAUUUAUCUUAGGAGCUUCUGGGAAGUUAUUUUUUUGAAGUAAUGCCCACAGAAAGUGGAAGUUGUGCCACUGCUCGCCAAGCAAAGCAGAAACGCAAAUCUCACAGUCUUUCUAUACGACGGACGAACAGUUCUGAGCAAGAGCGAUCAGGAUUGCAGAGAGAAAUGCUGGAAGGCCAGGAUUCAAAACUCCCAUCAUCUGUUAGGAAUACACUUCUGGAACUUUUUGGCCAAAUAGAAAGAGAGUUUGAGAAUCUCUACAUUGAAAACCUUGAAUUACGUAGAGAGAUUGAUACACUUAAUGAGCGCUUAGCAGCUGAAGGCCAAACCAUUGAUGGAGCUGAAUUAAGCAAGGGACAGCUGAAAACAAAAGCCAGUCAUAGUACCAGUCAGCUCUCUCAGAAAUUAAAGACUACUUACAAGGCAUCUACUAGCAAGCGCUCAAAUUCUUUCCCAGGCAAAUCAGGUGGACCUCGCAACUUCAGCGUGGGAAGCUGGGAAAUAUGGGGUGGAGACUCCUGGAUUGUAUCCAGCUUCAAAACAACAACAUCCAGAGCAAUCUGCCAGUUGGUGAAAGAGUAUAUUGGUCAUCGGGAUGGAAUUUGGGAUGUCAGUGUUACGAAAACUCAGCCAAUAGUUCUGGGGACUGCAUCUGCUGAUCACACUGCUUUGCUUUGGAGCAUAGAAACAGGAAAAUGCCUUGUCAAAUAUGUUGGACAUGCUGGAUCAGUAAACUCCAUUAAAUUCCAUCCAACGGAGCAAGUGGCUCUCACAGCUUCAGGAGACCAGACAGCUCAUAUCUGGAGGUACAUGGUGCAAUUGCCUACACCUCAACCAACCACAGACUGCAAUCAAAUGUCUGGAGAAGAUGAAGUUGAAUUCUCUGAUAAAGAUGAACCAGAUGGAGAUGGAGAUGGUUGUGGAGAUUGCCCCACCAUCCGGACUUCUUUAACCUCACUGAAAAGCCAUCAAGGUGUAGUCAUUGCAGCAGAUUGGCUGGUCGGAGGAAAGCAGGCUGUGACAGCUUCAUGGGAUAGGACAGCAAAUUUGUAUGAUGUGGAGACAUCUGAACUUGUGCACUCUCUGACAGGGCAUGAUCAAGAACUUACACAUUGUUGCACACAUCCCACCCAGCGUCUUGUGGUGACCUCAUCACGCGACACAACCUUCCGUCUUUGGGAUUUCAGAGAUCCUUCUAUCCAUUCUGUGAAUGUCUUUCAGGGCCAUACAGACACUGUGACUUCGGCCGUCUUCACUGUAGGAGACAAUGUUGUUUCCGGUAGUGAUGACCGUACUGUGAAAGUCUGGGACUUGAAGAAUAUGAGGUCACCAAUUGCUACUAUUCGCACAGAUUCUGCAGUAAACAGGAUUAAUGUUUGUGUCGGUCAAAGAAUCAUUGCACUUCCACACGACAACCGGCAGGUUAGAUUAUUUGACAUGUCUGGAGUGCGAUUAGCACGCCUCCCUCGCAGCAACAGACAGGGCCACAGAAGAAUGGUCUGUUGUUCAGCUUGGAGUGAAGACCACCCGCUAUGUAAUCUAUUCACUUGUGGAUUCGAUCGCCAGGCUAUUGGCUGGAACAUCAACAUCCCUGCCUUGCUUCAGGAAAAAUGAGAUGUUGGAAGUAUCCCCCCCCCC